GUGAUAAAAUUUUAAAACCCCAUAAAAUCUGCAGUUAUUUAACAAAUAUAAGUGUUUAAACAACAACUAAAAGUGUAACGAAUAUAAUUAUUGAGAAGUGUGUGAUAACAAACGCGAUGUAAAUAAAAUAGCAUUACAAAAUAGAAUAACAAUGAAAUAAUAAUUGACAUUUUAAAGCAACGGUUAAGUGUAAAAAUAACGUCAUCUGUUAAUAUAUCUCAAACGUCAUUUGUCAGCACCAAAUAGUGCCAUCUAUAUGAUAGUGACUGUACUAACAAGCGAAGCCUGUAUCUUGAGUUCCGUUAACAUUGUCGUAAUAAUUAACUGUACCGCGAGGUGUCGCUAGCAGUCACUAACAAGCAAAGUCUAUAUCUUGAGUUCCGUUAACAUUGUCGUAAUAAUUAAGUGUACCACUAGUUGUCGCUAGCUAGGUCAUCGAUAAAGAAUACGAAAGUUUGGCCGUAUAUAGCUUACUUAUAAACAUGGGUUCAGACUUAGAAAAAAUUCUGCACGAACUAAGAAUUAAAAUUAGAAGCGAUAUGAAUAUCACCCUUACCAACCAAGAGGAACGAAUCACUUCGAAAAUAAAUGAGAAUAUAGACCAAAAAUUUAUAUUUAUUCAGAAAGAAAUUGAAACAAUUAAACAGACAAAUGAAAAUCAUGAGAAGAGGAUUGCACUAAUGGAAAAACAGAUAAGAGCAAGAAAUGUGAUAUUUUUUGGGAUAGAAGAGGGGGAAAACUCAUAUGAAGCCUUGGAAGGAAAAGUUUUAACUACUAUCAACAAUAUGGGAUUAAAGUAUGAUAAGAAUGACCUAGAAAUGGUCAGACGAAUGGGAAAACCAACGGAAGGUAAAACAAGACCGAUUAAUAUCACGUUUACAACAUAUGGAAAGAAAAUAGCUAUUCUUAAAAAUAAAAGCAAGCUUAAAAAUACCAACAUCUACAUAAAAGAGGAUUUUCCGCCCCAUGUUUUAGAAGUAAGAAAAUCUUUGCAAGAGCAGGUGCAGAAGGAGAGGAGCGAAGGGAAGAUGGCAUAUCUAAAAUACGAUAAAAUAAUAAUAAAAGAGGGCGGCAGCAGCAGCAAAAAAAUAGAGGACUUUAGGAAAAAUCAAAAGUCUAAAAAGAGAGAGCUUGAAAGUUCGCCACCCCAGCCAGACGGAAAUCCAUCUACAAGCUCUGAAUCAAUAACUAAGCACAGGAUAGCCAAAAAAAAUAAAAUAACAUUAGGAGGACAGAGCUGUUUAACGAACUUCGUUCAAAGAAGAGAGGAUAUCUCUCAAACACCCUCGAUUGCUUCAGAUGACCUGAAUGAAUAGCAAUCAACGAAACCCUCACACACGACCCACGACUCUACUAACGCACAAACAAGCAAAAACACACUAAACUAUCUAAGUAACCGCUGUAACCUCCCACGACGGCUGGUCACCGAGGGAGUCAGCGACUACCACCCCCCCGAACUUCAGAGUAUAUGUAACAAACACAUAAAAGGAAAUUAUUUAAACAUCUUAACCCUUAAUACGAGAACUCUACAAAGUACAGAAAGACUACUUGAGCUAAACCAGGCCCUAGCCGAAAUAAACUGGGACAUCAUUGGACUAUGUGAGACUAGAAGAUUUGGCGAAGAUAUCACUGAAUAUGGAGAAUAUAUACUCUACCACUUUGGUGAAACGAAAGGACUUUAUGGUGUUGGUUUCUGUGUUCACAAAAGAUGGAAAAAGAAUAUUGUUCAGUUUAGAGGAAUCUCAGAGAGAAUAGCAACUCUAACAUUCAAAAUUUCAAGUAAGGAGAACCUUGAAUUAAUCCAGGUAUACGCUCCUACGGAACAAGCUUCUAGUGAAGAGUGUAACAACUUCUAUGAUAAACUAGGGACUAUUGCGAAAGAACUUGAUUUAAAUAAAGCUAACUUGAUGAUCAUAGGCGACUUUAAUGCGAGAAUUGGGAAGAGGAAAGAAUUCGAGCACUCAGUUAUAGGUCAAUACUCCACUGAUAAGAGAAAUAUGAAUGGCCAACGAUUAAUAGAUUUUUGUAUAGAACAUAACCUGAAAAUUCUAAAUACAUUUUUUAAGAAAAGAGCUAACCGAAAAUGGACCUGGUUAUCGCCAGACUCUAUCACCAAAUCAGAAAUAGACUUUGUAAUUGCUAGACAAGUUUCCAGAUAUCAUGAUGUAGGGAUAAUAAACAAAUUCAAUUUCUAUACCGAUCACCGGAUAGUUCGAUGCAAAAUGAAAAUAAAUAAUAGAGCAAGAAGGGACUUCUGUAACAAUGAAAAAUCAAUUAAUAUGUAUAAUAAUAAAAUCAAAAACCAACUAUACCAGGCAGAGCUGCAAGCGUCAGAGGAAAAUGUAUUUCAGAGUAACCUAACCAUUCAAGGAAAAUACACUAAAAUUUUAAACUACAUAAAAGAAUCAGCAAAAAAACACCUAACUCACUCUGUCACUAAAACAUCAAAUUUUUCACCAGAAACUAUCCUUAAAAUAAAUGAAAGGGCUCUACUUAAUUCAGUUACAAACAGGUCCGAUAUAGAAAAUGAGCGGCUCCGCUUAUUAA